AUGAGCUAAGUAAGAUAAAAUAUGCAAGGGUCAUAGGUAGAAAAAGAAAAAACAGUAGGCCAUUACAUAAUAGGGCAGAAUAUAGGAGAGGGAACUUUCGGAAAAGUAAAAUUAGGAACUCAUAUAGAAACACGCGAAAAGGUUGCCAUUAAAAUUCUCGAAAAAGAUAAAAUAACUGAAUAAGCAGAUGUUGAAAGAGUAGCUCGUGAAAUACAUAUCCUGAAAAUCUUGAGGCAUCCAAAUAUAAUUCAGCUUUACGAAAUUAUUGAAACAUAGAAAUAGCUUUAUUUAAUUAUGGAAUAUGCGUAAGGAGGAGAGCUAUUCGAUUACAUCGUUAAAAAUUAAAAGAUAAACGAAAGGGAAUCUUGUAAAUACAUCUAACAGAUCCUCUCAGGUGUGGAGUAUCUGCAUAAUCUCAAUAUAGCCCAUAGAGAUUUGAAGCCAGAAAAUCUACUCCUUGACCAUUAAAAAAACAUAAAAAUAGUUGAUUUCGGUUUAUCUAAUUUAUACAAGGAAGGAGAGCUCCUCAAGACAGCAUGUGGCUCUCCUUGUUAUGCAGCUCCUGAAAUGAUUUAAGGUAAAAAAUAUGAAGGACUUUGCGUAGAUAUUUGGAGUACUGGUAUUAUUAUGUUUGCUUUAAUCUGUGGGUAUUUGCCAUUUGAAGACUAAAAUACAUCUGUGCUUUAUAAAAAAAUUGUAAGUGGUGAAUUUUCUAUUCCUAGAUGGGUUUCUACUGAAGCAAAAGAUUUAUUGAAUUGUAUUUUAAAUACUGAUCCUGUAAAAAGAUAUAAAAUAAACGAUAUUCGCAAUCAUAAGUGGUAUUUGUUGUUCAAGUAAAAUCUUAGUAAUGGAAUAUACGUAGGAAAGUAACUCAUUCCUGUUAACGAAGCAAUAUUGUAAAAAUUAAAAGACUUUAAUAUCGAUCUCGAUGUUGCUAGGAAAUGUAUUGAAAGUAAUAAACAUAAUGAUAUCACUACCACUUAUUAUUUACUCCUAAAUAAGCAUGUUUAACAAGGGGGUUCUUUAGAAGAUAUUUUCCCUUAGAAUUAACCAAGGUAGUAAUAGCCUAUUUAAUCUUAAGUAUCUUCUAGAAAUACAACUUCUACAACACCAAAUAGUUCUGCUUAAACUGCCACUGGAUCUUUUACAAAUUAAUAUAAUGUUAACUAAUCAAACAAUUAUCCGAAUAGCAGCACAAUUUCGUAGAAUUAACAAGUUUAGAAUUCUUAAAACAGUGCUAACUAUUAAAAUUAUAAUUAAUAGCAAAAUGUUUCUCCUGUUUCUGUAAAUCCUUAAUAGUAGUAUGAUCCAUAAACCUAGUAAUCAAAUGAUUAAAUAGAAGCUCAAAAAAGAAUUCAAUAACAAUAUUAAAUGUAGUAGCAAUAAUAAUAACAAUAAUAAUAAUAGCAACAAUACAAUCCAAAUUUAGAUCAGGAAAAUUAAGAAGCUAUUAAACUUUAAAUUGCAUAAUUUGAGCAACAAUAAUAGUAGUUGAUAGAAUAACAGUAAAAAGAGUUAUUGCUCAAAUAGAUGUAAAUGGAGGAAGAAUAAAAAUAAAAACAAAUAUUUUUAUAAUAGCAGCAAGCAGCAGAAGAGUAAAGGCGUAAAAAACAGCAGUAAGAAGAACAGGAAAUGAUUCGCUUAUAAUUACUUAAAUAAUAGUAAUAUGAAGAGGAAUUAGCAAGGUAACUACAAAAAUAAAGAGAGGAGUAAUUGAGAAUAUAGCUUUUGGAAGAAGAGUAGUAAAGAGCUAAAGCAAAAUUGGAAGAGUAGAUGAGGUAACAAGCUCUAAUUGAGGAAUAAUAAAAAAAAAAAUUGUUGGAGGAGCAACAAUAAUUCCUUUUAAGAAAAUAAAAGUAAGAUGAGGAAUACGAAUAAAAUUUAAAGUAGCAAUAAUAUCUUGCAUAAAAGCAAGCCUAAAUGUAAUAGCAGUAGUAGUAAUAUAAGCAAUAGCUAAUUUAGUAAUAAUAAUAGCAAUAAGUUCCUGUUACAAGCAACCAUUCUCAAAAAUAUUAAAAUCCUUCUCCUUAAUAGUAAGCUGUAACUACCUAUAAUGAAGCUAUGUAAAUAAACACUUAUAGUCCUUCCAGUUAGCAUAACUAUGGUUAAAACUAACCACCUUCUUUUGCUCAACCUUUUGCUUAUCAAAAUUCAAAUAACUUAAAGCUUCCUGAAGAUAAUUAAUUCAGAGAAUCUCUCAGCAAUAACAAUAAUAGAUAAUCAGCUGCUCCUUCAUUCUCUAAUCAAACAGAUUCUAUGAUUGAAAUUAAUGAAAAUAAUUAAGCUCCUUGUCUUAACUUAGAGGAUUUUGAUUAGGCUAAUUCUAAUACCUCGCUGAAUGCCAACGAAUAAUGCGAAUAAGUAAGAAAAUCAAUUGGUGAGAACACUCCAACACCUAAGAAAUUGGAAUUUAAUAACUAACCUAAUCGUUUGUCAAUAGAAGAUUAAUAAAAACGUAGUAAAAAGAAUUCGGUAAGUAACUCUCAAGAAUUUAAAUACUUCCAAAAGGAGUAAAGAGAAGAAAUUUAUGUUGCAAACACUAAAAAGAGCAUUGAUUUAACUUAAUCAUAAAGAAAUUCUAUUUAAUACAAUAAUUUCAUGGCAGGUGAAGAAAACCCUAGACCUUAUGAUCAUGUCCUUUAGCCUGAACCUAUACCUCAAAGUAUUCAAAACAACUGGAAUCAACAUAAUUAAGAUAAUCAAAACGGAACAAUGUCAUCUAAUAGUUCAAAUUAUUACAAAGAGUUAUAAGUAGUCAACUAGCUUUUAAGAGAUUCUUAGCAAGGAAACACUCACCAUAUUAGAGAAUAGUCAUAUUCCUAAGAGAGAGAAACUAAGUAACAUGCAUAAACUAAUCAAGCACAUCCUCAUAAUUCAUAGCAAACUUAAGCAUAAAUGUUGAUAAAUUCUACAAUUCCCAAAAACACUGUUAGUAUAACAUCUAAUCACUCGAUUAGCAAUAAUUCUUAAGCAAACUAAAAUAACCCUCAAGUUCAAAAUGGAGCUGCUGCUGCUUAACAGCAGUUUACUAGUGCAUCACCUGUGAGUGGAACUCAUAAGUAAAAUAUGAACUCCAACGUAGCUUAGAGUUUCUCAAACAACUCUAAUGUGAGAGGUUCUUAAACAAUUGCUAUUAAUAAUAAUAGCAACAAUAAUGGAGAUAGUUCUAAAUUUAUUUCUCCAAGAUAAAGUAUGGAUGGAGCUUUAAAGCUUUUAAGCAAUAAAUAAAGAGAUGAAAAUGUUCGCUAAAGUGCUAACUAAAGCUUAACUGCAACAAACACUCCUAAUAGUAUGAACAAAAAACUCAAAAACAAUCUAAACACACUAUCAGUUACAACUUCAAGCAGUAAAUAACCUUCUGCAAAGUAGUCUCCUUCACCCAAAAGCAAAAGCAAAUUACAGCAAUAGCAACAACAGAUGCAAUAAUAAAACAGCAUGCAUUCUUCAGUAAAUAACCACUCAAAUGGAUAUCAUUCUACUCUCCCUUCUCACAAUAUAAAAUUGACUAACAAGAGUUAAAGUUCAGGUACUAGCAACAACAAUAAUCAGAAUAGUCUAUAAAAUUCUUAAUUAGGAUAAUCAAAGCUAGUAAAUAACACUUAGACUUAAUAAUAGAAUAAGCCUGUAAGUUAAUCAUCUUCAAUAAAUUCAACCUAAAAUGCUAUAUCUGUAUCUAACACUUAAUAAAGUAUUAGUAUGAGCAAUAAUAAUACCUCAAGCUAAUAAGGUUACUCAUAAAAUAAUAUUAAUUCUAACAAUCAAUAAAAAAAUUCUAAAAAUAAUGAUAUUUCAGAAAAUUUAGCAACUGAACCAAAUUACACAAGUAAACAUGUUCAAUAGUCUUCUCAGUCUAGCAAUGGUUAAUACUAAAAUAGCAGCAAUAUUAAUAAUGGAUAAAUAAAAAACCAUUCUUUAUCUAUAAGUAAAUAAAAUGCUGUUUCUCCAAGAAUAGCAACUGAAAACAGUGAUCCUUAUUAUAGAUAGCAUAUAUAUUAAAAUAAUUCAAAUAGUAGCAGUUCAAAAUCUUACAUGAAUUCAUCUAAAAUAAGUCCAUCUACUACUACUAAUGCUUCCUAUCAAAAUAAACACUUAACAGUCUAAAGUGGUAUUAAGGUUCACAGAGGCCCAUUCAAUCUCAGAGCAAUUACAAAUAAAGAUCCAAAAUAUAUUGUUUCUGAACUAAUAAAAACAUUGGAAUCUUUUAAAAUGUAUUACAAGCCAACUUCUAAAUUUGAUAUCAGAGUAGAAAAAGAUUUGGUCAAAUUUGAUAUUUCUGUAAAUAUACUUCAUAAUGUCGAAAAUCUUUUUAUAAUAAAAUUCACUCGCCUGAUAGGUGAUACACAUAAAUACAAUGAAAUAUGUAAUAAUAUUCUCAACUAUGUGCAAUCAUCUACUAACCACGAAUCUUCUUCAUAAGUUUUUAGGUGA